ACGGGAAACCCCACGGUAUGGGCUAUCGCCCUCAAGGCGGGCGCAGAGAAAAAGGAGGACCGACAAAUAUUUUCCAUUAAUAAAAGGAAACUGGAAAGCCUCUUCUCCGCGAGGCGAGUCAAAAAGAAGAAAGCAGGAAAGAGACCGGCAAAACGGAGGUGGCGAAUUCUCUUUCCGGUUUCCACGCCUCGCCGCCGCGUUUUCCAUGUUCGAUCUUCUUUCUUUCCCCGAAGAAACAAACGUUUCUUAGAGAUCGUGAGACAAAGGCUGGGGCAGGGAGAGGGCCGGAAGCAAACUGAGAGGGGAAUAUAAACAAACAGAUAGAGGGAUGUCUUCAUGUCUUGCUGGCCAAGAAGCCAUCCAGCCCACCACCAACAUCUGAUGGGAGUUUGGAAUUUGGAUUCAUAAUAGUUUGUACCAAAAAAAAAAAAAUUCUUCCUCGCAUCCUUUCGAUGUCUGCUACUGCUGCUUUCAAGAGAGGAGGUUCGCUUCUCCAUAUCAACCAGAGCCCUCGAUGGGCUCUAUUCCCUGCGAGGAACGGUAACACCGUUUCACGCCCUAUGUCCCAGCUCAUCAAGUCCAACGGAAAGCGAGCGUUUCUCGUCGACACGUUAGCGUUGGUGAGGCGGCUGGAGGCGGAGGGCGUGCCCUCAAAGCAUGCGGAGGCCAUCACCUCGGCAAUCACUGAAGUAUUGAAUGAUAGCUUGGAGAAUGUGUCACAGUCUUUCGUCUCCAAGGGAGAGAUGCAGAAGAGUGAGAUGAUCCAGGAUGCCAGUCUUUCCAAAUUCAAAUCUGAAGUGAAAAGCUCCCAGGAGCACCAUUUUUCUUUGUUGCAACGUGAGACGGAAAAACUUCGAGGUGACAUUGAGAAAAUGCGUAGUGAACUUAGGUAUGAGAUUGACAAAGUUACUGCUGGACAACGUUUGGAUCUAAACCUGGAAAGAGGGCGUAUACGUGAUGAACUGGCCAAGCAGAGUGCAGAAACUACGGAUCUCACUACAAAGCUUGACCGGGAAAUUCAUACAUUACGGGCUCAGCUAGAGGCAGCAAAAUAUGAGGUUAUAAAGUACUGCAUUGGUACUCUUGUUUCAAUAUCUGCCGUUGGCCUUGCUGUUGUCCGCAUCCUGAUGUAAAAGCAACUUUUUUUCAUCGCCAAAUUAAAUUUUGCACCACCAAAAAUCUCAUUAUGUUCAAUUUUUUAAUGAUAUUGGACUCCAUGAUGUAUCAUUUGGUGGUCCAAUCAAUUUUUUUUUUCCCUUGGAAAUUGUAACUUGAGGUUUCAUGAUACCGAAUUCAGUUUACGUUACUUGCUGCUUAUUUUGGAAAUGAUGGGGAACUCACUAUUUUCAUGAAAAGGAAAAAAAAAAGGAAAAAAGAAAAAGCUGAAAACAAAAUGAAA